UACAAAUUCAGCCAAUGCAAACAAAUUUCCAAAAACCCAUUGACAACUCACUCCUCCCACCCAACCCACCACCAGUUUUUAAGUUUUUUUUCUGCCCUUUCCGGGCUCCAGAGCCUUCUCCUUUCACUCUCAGCAGCUGACUGAUCGUCAUCACAUCACUGAAGGUAAAGCUUUGCAGCUGUGGAAAUGGCUACUGGAACUGUACCAGCUUCCUUCAUGGGUCUAAAAGGCAGGGACUCGAGUAUCGGGUUUGCUAAAAGUAUGGAUUUUGUGAGGGUUUGUGAUUUGAAGAGGUUUAAGUCUGGAAGAACAAGAAUCUCAGUGAUACGGAACUCAAAUCCCGGAUCAGAUAUUGCAGAACUCAAGCCUGCAUCUGAAGGCAGCCCUUUGUUAGUUCCUAGACAAAAGUAUUGUGAAUCAAUACACAAAACUGUCAGGAGGAAAACACGAACAGUGAUGGUUGGAAAUGUGGCUAUUGGUAGUGAGCAUCCCAUAAGGAUUCAAACAAUGACGACAACUGACACAAAGGAUGUUGCUGCUACAGUUGAACAGGUAAUGAGAAUAGCAGACAAGGGAGCAGAUCUUGUUCGGAUAACAGUUCAAGGGAAGAAAGAAGCAGAUGCUUGUUUUGAUAUUAAAAAUACCCUCGUGCAGAAAAAUUACAAUAUACCUCUGGUGGCAGAUAUUCAUUUUGCACCUUCUGUUGCAUUGCGAGUUGCUGAAUGCUUUGACAAAAUUCGUGUCAACCCUGGAAAUUUUGCGGAUAGACGGGCUCAGUUUGAGAAGUUAGAGUACACCGAAGACGACUAUCAGAAAGAACUUGAGCACAUUGAACAGGUUUUUACUCCAUUGGUUGAAAAGUGUAAGAAGUAUGGAAGAGCAAUGCGUAUUGGCACAAACCAUGGCAGCCUUUCGGAUCGUAUAAUGAGCUAUUAUGGGGAUUCCCCUAGAGGAAUGGUUGAAUCUGCAUUCGAGUUUGCAAGGAUUUGCCAGAAGUUGGACUACCAUAAUUUUCUUUUUUCAAUGAAAGCAAGCAACCCAGUUAUCAUGGUCCAGGCAUAUCGUUUGCUUGUGGCUGAAAUGUAUGUUCAAGGAUGGGAUUAUCCAUUGCACUUGGGAGUUACUGAAGCUGGAGAAGGUGAGGAUGGGCGAAUGAAAUCUGCAAUUGGUAUUGGAACCCUUCUUCAGGAUGGUUUGGGUGAUACAAUUAGGGUUUCACUUACUGAAGCACCAGAGGAGGAGAUAGAUCCCUGCAGAAGAUUGGCCAACCUUGGUAAGAGAGCAGCUGAUCUUCAGCAAGGAGUGGCUCCAUUUGAAGAGAAGCACCGACAUUAUUUUGACUUUCAACGUCGAUCUGGUCAACUGCCAAUGCAAAAGGAGGGUGAGGAGGUGGAUUAUAGAGGUGUCCUGCACCGUGAUGGCUCUGUUCUCAUGUCAGUAUCCCUUAAUCAGUUGAAGACUCCAGAGCUCCUCUACAAGUCACUAGCAGCAAAACUUGUUGUGGGCAUGCCGUUUAAGGAUCUUGCAACAGUUGACUCAAUCUUAUUGAGACAACUUCCACCAGUUGAUGUCGAAUCGAGGGGCAAAAGAAUCGAGGGGCAAAAGAAAGACCUAAGAGCAAAUCCACCCUUGCUUCAAAACCGGGCAAAAAGCAGCCCAGGGGGGAAGGAAGCAGCUCCAGCGCGCAAGGGCCAGCCCUGGCAAGAGCUAGGUCCCAGGAGCCCAGACAAAGCCUGCAAGCCCUACCACGCCAACCCCAACGAUCACUCCAAGUACGACCCUGCCUUCUUUCCCGGGCUCAUUCCUCCAGAGGAGUUCUUAGCUCCGUCUCCGUCCGCGUUGACGUCGCUGUGGUUGACGUCGCUCGGAUUCGACGGCGCUGGAGAAGGAACUGUAGGCGUGUCGUCGGCGGACGGAGAAUCGGACGGAGAUGAUUGCGGUGGCGCUGGAGGGGAAGAAGGAUGUGGUGAGUUCACUGGAGCGUUCGACGGAGAUGGAGGAAGGGAAAUCGGCGAAGGUGAAGCAGCAGCGGGUUGA